CUCGACCGCCGGCCCAGCCAUAUAUAUCUUCAUCUGAUGCUGUAGGGAGAGAGAUAAAUUUCUUUUUUCGCACUUGGCAGAAUAUAUAUACACCUAUACCCGCUUACUUGGGCGGCACUCGCCAGCUCCAACCGUCGGAUCGCACUCACGCAGCCAGCACCCAUCGCGACAAGUCCAUACACACAUCAGCCUAUUAUAAUAUAAUCAGCGUAUUAUAAUAUAAUAAUACCAUCAUCAUGGACGGCCAAGGUCAAGGCCAGCCCUCCGCCGCUCCGCAGCAGCUCCCUCCGCAACAACAACCCUCGCUGAUCCGCACCGACCAGGUCGCCAAACUGCCGCAUCUCAACGAUGCCCAGAAACAGCAGCAGACGCAAUACGUCCGCAGUCUAUGGGAGAUGCUCGGGUCGCGGGACCCGUCCAGCGAUGAUUACCGGGGCGCGCAGAUGAAGCUGAUGCAGGUCUCGCAGACGCUGAUGAAGGGGAUGCAGCUGUACAAGCAGCGACUCCAGCAACAGCAACAGCAACAGCAGCAGCAGCAGCAGCAGCAGCAGCAACAACAGGCCCAGGCACAAGCCCAGGCUCAGGCACAGGCCCAGGCCGCAGCAGCACAAAACCAGCAGCAACAGGGGCAGCAGAGGCCACAGGCAGCGAAUAAUCCGACGACGUUCAACCAGCUGCUACCCGCCGUCCAGGCCAAGGUCAAUUCCAUUCAGUUCCAUCUCCCGCCCAACGUCAACCGCGAGCAGGCGGCCAACUGGCUCAACGAGGCCAAGUUGCGGUAUGGCAUGGCGCUGCAGAAACAGGAGAUGGGAAGGCAGAGAAGUCUGGAGGUGCGCCAGCAGGUGCAGGCGCGACAGGCCUCGGGCCAGAUGGCGCAGGAGGAGAUGCAGGAGUUUCGCAAUCGCCAGCAGCAGGCGGAGAAGCUGUUUCGCGAGGGCGGUGAUUUCUUGAAGAAAUUCCAGGAGCAGCAAGAAGUGUUCAAGGCGGCGCGGGCGGGCGGGCAGCAACAACAGGUGCAGCAGGUGCAGCAGCAGGUACAGGCGCAAGGACAGGCAGGAAGCCAAACGGCGCCCGCCAACACCGCAGCUGUUCCUCCUGCAACCUCUGCAACCACCACUGCCGCCAUGAACACCACCACGAACAACGUCAACGCCCCGGCUGCCCAGCUGCAUACUAGCCAGGCACAGGCGCCUGCACCACAUACCAUCAACUCUGCCGUCAAUGCUGCCCGCGUCCAGGCAGGCCAGAGCCAGUCGCCAUCCACGCAGGCGCCGCAGCAAGCGCAGACACAGACUCCCACCGCGCAGACUGCACCAAAGAGCGCUUUCACCCAAGCUGCUGCCGGCCAGCAGCAAAUCCCAGCCCAAGUCCCAGCCCAGCAGCCCGACGGCCUCGCCGCGAACAAUCCGCCUCGUCCACUCUCCCACGAGGCCGCCAUAUCGCAGGCUGCAAAGUCAUACCAGGGCAACAACAACAAUAAGCAGGGCCAACAGGUAGGCACGCCACUAGCAGCGAACAGCGCGCAUGCCAACCCGCCCGGCUACAUCCAGAACCGCUCCGCCGAGAACACCACUCGCAACAUCAACAUGGCCAUUCCCAAGAACCUGAACGUCCAGCCCCCUGAACCCGUCGCAAUGGGAACGCCUCGUCCAACACUCUCUGGCGGGCCCAGUCACGGUGCAAUGGGCAUGAUGGGUCAGCCUGCGAUUCAGAAACAUCCUGGGUAUGUGCUCGAAGGCGAAGGGCAGCGUGUGCUGAGCAAGAAAAUGCUGGACAUCCUUGUUCGUCAGGUCACUGGUGGCGGCGAGGGGGAGGGACUGACGCCAGAUGCUGAAGAGUUUAUUCUGCAAAUGGCAGACGACUUUGUUGACGACGUGGUAAGCUCUGCCUGUCGUCUCGCCAAGCUCCGCCCAGCGUCGACGCUCGAGAUCCGCGAUAUUCAGCUUGUUCUUGAGCGCCAGUACAACAUGCGCAUAUCGGGCUUUUCGACGGACGACUUGCGCACCGUCAGGAAGCCGCAGCCGGCGCAGGCCUGGACGCAGAAGAUGUCGGCAGUGCAGGCAGCUAAGGUGACUCAAGGGAAGGCCGAAUAGUUUACAGCACUUGCUGCAUAUGUACUGCAUCGCAGGCUGGAUAUGUUACGAUGGUAUAGGCUGGUUAGCAUGGCGUCUUAGGUCUGGGUCUUGGAGUUAUCUAUUAUCAGGAAACUAGUAAUAUCACUUUACAACAGUAUAUUGUACAC